GCCCCUCCAACAACAAAAUUAUGUCGUCGAUCAAUUCAACACAAACAGUAAGAACUUUAGAUACAAAUCAAAGGUUCUCCUCAAUACGAUUGAAAGUUUUACGAAUUGGACAUGAAAUAGUUUGUGGAAUUAACUUAAGUACAAGGGUGAAGAAAUUGAUACUUAUGGACAACGAGGGUGUCCAAAUUGGAGCAAUAAUGUUCAAUGGAGAUAUAGAUAAUUUUGUCCGAAAAUUUGAGGUGGAUAAAACCUAUUUAAUCUCUAAUGGAGAGGUUAGACAAGUUUAUGGGCGAUAUCCUAGCAUACAUCCUGAAAAAGAAUUGAUUCUCAAAAAGUACACUGUUGUGACCGAAACAUUUGAUAGUAUUGAUAUGAAGAUACAAUACAAUUUUGUUGAGUUCAAGGAUAUAGAAUCAAAGUUUGACAAAAAAGAAGAUUUCGAUGUCUUUGGAACUUUGGUACGAGUUGAAAAUAGUAAAAUGGUACCAAUGAAAACCACAUCGGGUGCACAUUAAAAAACAGUGAGAGACAUAACUAUCAUAAACAAAGAG